AUGAAGUGGACUAUCAUCUCAUCGCUCUUCGCACAGAGCACUGCCGUGCUCGCAGAUUUCCAUCUGGUGCCGGUCCAUUUCCAGGCUCCAUCCAUUGAGCAUUUCCAAGACAUCAUUCGCAAUGAGACCUAUGACUUUGGCUGCCGACCAGCCAUCCUUCCGACAGAGGACGGCUUUAAGCUUCAUGCAUUCCUGACGGAGGAGCAAAUCGACCAUUUCACCGAGGAGCACAGUUCCACUGAGCUCUCCAUACACAAGAGCUUGUUCAAGAGACAGGCGGAUACUGCCCCCAUCGGGACCGGAGAUCGAUUCGAGGGAGGUAACAUCGCUCCGCUGGGCCUGGGAACGAAAACGGCGGGCUUGAGGAUCGACACACUUUUGAACGUGGGUGAGAUCAGCAGCGCAGUCCAAGGUCUUGUCAAUAAAUACGGUGUCUCCACAGUUGAUCUUCCACAUAAGACAUUCGAAGGUGCGACACAAUUUGCCGGAUAUGUUGGGGGCUCAGACAAAUCCAAGUACCACCUCUACCUCACAGCGGGUUCCCAUGCGCGCGAACGUGGCGGCCCUGACCAACUCAUCUACUGGAUCUCCGAUCUCCUGGCGGCGAACAGAACCGGAAGUGGCCUCAAGUACGGCAACAAAACCUAUACAAACGCUCAAGUAGCAUCGAUUGUUGACGCUGGAAUCGUCUUUUUCCCUCUGGUAAAUCCGGACGGCGUCACAUACGACCAGAGAACCGGAUCACUAUGGCGCAAAAACCGAAACACCAAGUCCGGAACUGGCAGCGCCGCCGGUGUUGACAUCAACCGCAACUUCGAUUUCUUGUGGGAGUUCGAGAAGUACUUCGACCCGUCCGCAAACCCGGCAUCUACUUCGCCAAGCGCGCAGACGUUCCGCGGGACCGCGCCCGAGUCUGAGGCAGAGGCCAAGAACCUGGUCUCUAUCUAUGACGAGUUCCCAAAUAUCCGCUGGUACAUGGACAUCCACUCCGCGACAGGUGAUAUCCUCUACCCAUGGGGUCACGACGAAGGCCAGAGCACGGACACGAGCCUGAAUUUCCUCAACCCGGCGUGGGAUCGCAAGCGAGGCGUCCUGGGUGAUACCUACAAGGAGUAUAUCCCAUCGACGGACGACAGCAACCUGCGGACUGUUGCCGCCAGGUCAGUGGCAGCCAUGAGCGCUGUCGGUGGUCGCUCAUAUUCAUCCGGGCCAGGUGUGGGGUUGUAUCCUACAUCUGGGGGCGUGGCCGACUACACGUUUAGUAGAUACUGGGGAAUCGAGGGGGCCAACAAGGUGUAUAGCUUCACUCUGGAAUUUGGGUAUCCCACAAAUUUCUAUCCUACGCUGCAAGAGUUCAACGAGAAUAUCCUUGACACCAAUGCGGGGUUUACAGAUUGGGCAUUGUCUGCUAUUGAAGUAGGGUUGGAAUGAUCAUAGUAGUGCCAGUGGUGCAUUACUUACCAUGUAACUUGCAAAUGGAGCAAUGCUCUCUGGUUGGUGUAUCUUACCCAUAUAAAGCCCUCAGAGUCCUAACCAUGUUCCCUCGGCGACUUUUAU